CAGCGAGCGGCGGAGUUCCAUUCGGUCCGUUUUCUCUGCCUGUCGGUGACUUUCGGAUUCGUGUUUGAGAGGAAAGUAGGACUACAAUAUGGCUCGUGUCGCUGUUGGUCUUAUUUUGGCUGCCCUGGUCGCCUGUGUCGCAGCCAACGGAAUGGGACAAGGUCAGCCGCCCAAGUUCCAAUGCGUGGAAAAUGGCUUCUUUGCCGACUACUACCGCAACUGCAUGAUUUUCUACAGCUGCGACAACGGCGUCAAAACCACCUUCGCCUGUGAUCCGGAUAAGCGCUUCGACAGUACCCUGAACGCUUGCAUGCCCACGAACGAGGUUUUGUGCCCAUACCCCUCGGCUUAGAAGAGAAAUACCCACACUUGGGUCUUCGUGUCAUAAAGUCAUUCUGAUAUGAAGGCAUAAUAAGAAAAGAAAAAAAUUGGAUAUUAUAAUACACUUGGGUCUUCGUGUCAUAAAGUCAUUCUGAUAUGAAGGCAUAAUAAGAAAAGAGAAAAAUUGGAUAUCAUAAUACACUUGGGUCUUCGUGUCAUAAAUUGAUAACGAUAUUAAGGCAUAAAUAAGGUGUUCUUGC